UGCAGCACUGAUGCAAUGACGCAGUCGACGUGUUCGAAGCGCAGAAUUAAGCUUUUUCCAACCAGAGCGUUUUCCGGCUGCACAAAUGGUGUCGCUGCUUCAGCUGAAGAACUUCCAUCAUUCAAAGGUACACGUGUGAUUGGAGGAUGGAGGACUGUGUUACUGGGGGAGGAUGUGGACUUAUCCUGCAGACUGAUAGAGACAGACGAGGAGCUUGAACAGAUAACAUGGCAGAAGAGUACUUUGGAAGAAACACAGAACCAUAAUUUUAUGCUGAUUAAUCUCGAUGGGGUUGCUAAGUUUAUUGCACCGAAUGGAUUGACAGGUAGAGUCCAGUUUAUUGGGAACCCAUCAGAAAACCUUGGAUCUAUUCGAAUAACUGCUGUCCGACUGUUGGAUGAAGGCACCUUCACAUGUAUCUUCAGUGUUUUCCCCAGUGGAGCAUACAAUACAGACAUACCUCUGACUGUGCUAGUUCCACCAGUAGUGAGUGUGACAGUUGAUGUUGCUCCUGCCAUUGGAGAGAAUGAGGUUGUCUUGGCAACCUGCGUGGCUGCUGGUGCCAAGCCACAGGCAGAAGUGACAUGGAAGACGGGUGAAUUCGGCAGUUUGUUGAGGACGGUGACCAACUCCACCCAGCACACUAAUGGCACCACCACAGUACUCAGCCACCUGCUCGGGGUACCAACCAAGGCAGCCAAUCAGCAGCAGGUCCAGUGUGUGGUCAACCAGUCUGCCCUGGUAACGGAGAAGACCUACAACUACAGCAUAAACAUCCACUAUCCACCUCAGUCAGUGAACAUUACCCUUAGUGAGGCCUCUAAAGCCACAGUCUUCCUUUGUGUAGCAGACAGCAACCCACACCCCAACUACUCCUGGAGCAGAGUGGUCCAGCCAUGGCCUGGGUCUUCAGUGACAGCUGAGGGAGACAAACUGCACCUCCUCAGUCUCAGCUCUGAGCUGAAUGGUCUCUAUGUCUGUGAGGCCUCCAACCCCUACGGACGAGCCACUGGCUCCCUCUAUGUACACAUAUCCUCUGAGACCUCUGCUGCCUGUUGGGUUCUACUCGUUGUUAUUCUCUGUCUGAUUGUUGCUGUGGCUGCACUCAUAUGGUACCGGUGCAAAUACAGACAGUUUCCUAGGAGUUCAUUCAUGGCCAAGGCACCAGAACAGACUGUAUCAGUAUCUUCCAAGACGAGGAGACAUGACAAGGUUGCGGAAGGUGAAGAUGACUCAUUGACUGCAACUGUCCAAACCAGGAAGGAGCCUGAGGAAGAGGAAGAAGUAUCAUGAUAUUUUUGUUCCCCUCUCGUGGACUCCGCCUUGCCGUGGUUGAGGGGCUUUGCUGCUUCAGCGGGAACAACAACCCUCCUGUACAGUAUGAAUGUACAGUAUGUAUGUACAGUGCUUUCAGAAAGUAUUCAUACCCCUUGACUUGUUCCAUAUUUUGAUGUGUUGCAGCCUGAAUUUCAAAUGGAUAAAAAUUACACAUAAUAACCCAUAAUGACAAAGUGAAAACAUAUUUUUUGAAAUGUUUGCACAUUUAUUGAAAAUUAAAUACCUAAAUAUCUAAUUUACAUAAGUAAUCACACACAUAAGUCAAUACAUGCUAGAAUCACCUUUAGCAGUAAGUCUUUCUGGGUAAGUCUCUAAAAGCUUUGCGCACCUGGAUUGUACAAUAUUUGGACAUUAUUACAAUUUGUUAAGCUCUGUCAAGUUGGUUGUUGAUCAUUGCUAGACAGCCAUUUUCAAGUCUUACCAUAGAUUUUCAAACCAAUUUAAGUAAAAAGUAGGCCACUCCCGAACAUGUAGUGUCGUCUUGGUACGUAACUCCAAUGUAUAUUUGGUCUUGUGUUUUAGGUUAUUGUUCUGCUGUAAUGGGAAUUUGUCUCCCAGUAUCUGGAAAUCAGACUGAACCAGGUUUUUCUCUAGGACACUGCCUGUGCAUAGCUCUAUUCCAUUUAUUUUAAUACAAAAAAAACUCCUUGCCGAUGACAAGCAUACCCAUAACAUGAUGAAGCCACCACCAUGCUUGAAAAUACAGUAUGAAGAGUGGUUCUCAGCUAUGUUUUGUGUUGGAUUUGCCAAAAAAUCAUAAUACUUUGUAUUCAGGACAUAACAUUAAUUUCUUUUCACUUUAGGAUGCAUGUUUUGGAAUAUUUUUUUCUGUAGAAAGUUUCCUCCUUUUCACUCUGUCAUUUAGGUUAGAAUUGUGGAGUAACUACAAUGUUGUUGAUCCAUCCUCAGUUUUCUCCUAUCACACCACUAAACUCUGUAACUGUUUCAAAAACACAAUUGGUCUAAUGAUGAAAUCCCUGAGCGGUUUCCUUCCUCGACUACGGCAACUGAGUUAGGAAGGACGCCUGUAUCUUUGUAGUGACUGUGUAUUGAUACACCAUCCAAAGUGUAAUUAAUAACUUCACCAUGCUCAAAGGGAUAUUCAAUGUGUCUGCUUUUUUUUACCAGUCCACCAAUAGGUGCCCUUCUUUGCAAGGCAUUGGAAAACUUCCAUGGUCUUUGUGGUUCAAUCUGUUUGAAAUGCACUGCUCGACUGAGGGACCUUAUAGUAACUGUAUGUGUGGAGUACAGAGAUGAGGUAGUCAUUCAAAAAAUAAUUUGAAACACUAUUAUUGGACACAGCGUGAGUCCAUUUAACUUAUGUGACUUGUGUGACUUAUGUGACCUUAUUUAGGCUUGCCAAAACAAAGGAGUUGAAUAAUUAUUGACUCAAGAGAUUUCAGCUUUUCAUGUAUUUAUUUAAUCAUAUAUCCACUUUGACAUUAUGGGGUAUUAUGUGUAUUCUAGUGACACAACAUCUAAAUGUAAUACAUAUUACAUUCAGACUGUAACACAAGUAAAUGUAGAAAAUGUCAAGGGGUGUGAAUACUUUCUGAAUGAACUGUACUGUAAGUGUUGAAGCCAACUAAAGGGAGCCUUGGUAUAAGCUAAAUUACAUAUGUAUAAAAUGGAAAACCUUGUCAGUUACAGCUAAUAUUAACACAGCUUUGGCUAAUGGUACUUCUUGCGGCGGCUCCAAAAUGAAUUCCUUUAUAUUAUGCGGUUAUGCUGUUUUGGUACAGGGAGCAGCAACCAUGAAACCAAGUGGUCCACUGGGAACAGAAGCUCCACUAACAGCCGCCUUAUGAUCCACGCAUUAACCCUAUCCCUCAUGAACCCUGUAUUAUUUGUUGUUUUAGAUUAGUAUUAGCGUAGCAUGGCAUUUUUGGCCACCAGUAGUUACUGUAAGUAGUUAGUAGUUACAAUGCAAGUAUUUUCACUGCAUUAGUAGUUACAAUGCAAGUAUUUUCACUGCAUUAGUAGUUACAAUGCAAGUAUUUUCACUACAUUAGUAGUUACAAUGCAAGUAUUUUCACUACAUUAGUAGUUACCAUGCAAGUAUUUUCACUACAUUAGUAGAUAGAAUGCCAGUGGUUUACUACGUUAGUAGUCAAGUGUCACGUUCUGACCUUAGUUCCUUUUUUAUGUCUCUGUGUUAGGUUGGUCAGGGCGUGAGUUGGGGUGGGUAGUCUAUGUUCUUUUUUCUAUGUUAUAUUUCUAUGUGUUUGGCCUAGUAUGGUUCUCAAUCAGAGGCAGGUGUCGUUCGUUGUCUCUGAUUGAGAAUCAUACUUAGGUAGCCUGUUUUCCCCAUUUUGGUGGUGGGUGUUUAAUUUCUGUUUAGUGUCUGUUCACCUGGCAGAACUGUUUCGUUUUCUCUUCGUUGUUAUUUUGUGUAGUGUUAAGUUUUUCAAUUAAAAUAUGACGAACAUUUA